AGAACGAUGUUUUCAAGUGAACGAUGGCACUUCUCCUCUCUCUCUCUCUCGAUAGAAAUGUAUGUAUGCAUUUUUGUGAAAUGGGAGCAGUUUGGUUUCUCUUGCUUGUAAUAUUCCUUAGAUUUUCUUGGGUUUGAUCAUUGAAAAUGGUGUUUUCUGUUUGUGGGUGGGGGUUAAUUUGAUCUGUUUUAUGUUGUUUUUGCUGAGAAAAUAAAGAUAGUCUUCGUUUUCUUUUUUCUCUCUGUUAAUCUUAUCUUCAUGUAGAGAAGGAAAAAUCUGUGAUGAAUUGUAGAAAUCCAAUAGAUUGUUUUGGAAAUUGGUGUUUGAGAUAAACUGUCAGCGGUAAUUCUGUAGUUGCUGUUUUAUUUUUACUACAAUAAUGGCAUUGGUGUUAUGGAAUUUGGAGUAUUGGGAUUACUGACAGCCCUUCAUUAGCCAUAGAUGGGUGAAAUAGAAGGUCACAAUGAGUCGUUGGAUAGGGGAAUUGAAUGGUGAUCAUGAAUUUCUGAGUAACAGCAGGCUUGCCUAAGCCAAAAUUGCAUCACUAACACUCGGUGCAUGUUUGUGGGUAAGGAGAAAUAUCAGGGUCUACUGAGCUCUGAUAGCUUGGAUAACUAGAUUGAUUCUUCUGGGGUUUGUGGCAAUGAGGUGGUGGGUCCAAUGAUCAGAUCAUGGAAGCAGGCAGUGUUAGUUUGAGGCGGUGGUUAGACGAUCCGAAGCGGUCCAUCAACCUCUUGGAGUGCUUGCACAUAUUCAGACAGAUUGUGGAAAUUGUGAAACGAUCACAUUCACAAGGAGUCGUUUUUCAUAACGUGCGGCCGUCCUGUUUCGCAAUUUCCUCGUUCAAUCGUGUCUCAUUUAUAGGGUCCAGUUCGCAUUCCGAUUCGUUCAUUGAUGAUGGUGUUGGCAAAAUUGGGGGCGGUCAAAUCUCCUUCUCGCCAAUUCGCCAUCAACAGAGAACUAGAUUGGAUAGCAAAUUGGAAGACAUUUUCCUGCAAUCAAGUUUGGCAUAUGGGUUCUGCCUAUCGUCUAUAAAACAGUUGGGAGAAAGAAGAUCAGAUGAUACAGGAAAUGUGGAAGAAGGAAUUAUUGAGAGGAAUGAAAUAUUCCCACUUAAACAGAUAUUGGUUUUGGAGCUUGAGUGGUAUACUAGUCCUGAAGAAGUUGCUGGUGCUUCGAGUUCGUUUUCUUCAGAUAUUUUUCGAUUGGGUGUUCUUCUUUUUGAGUUGUUUUGCACGUUUAGUUCAGCAGAAGAAAAGAUUGGAGCCAUGUCGAACCUUUGGCUUCGUAUUCUACCUCCUCAGGUGCUGCUGGAAUGGCCAAAGGAAGCUUCCUUCUGUCUAUGGCUGUUGCAUCCUCAACCAAAUACUCGGCCGAAGAUGAGUGAUUUGUUACAAAGCGAGUUCCUCGACCAACCAAGGGAUAGUUUGGAAGAUCGCGAAGCAGCAAUAAAGCUAAGAGAGGAAAUAAGAGAGCAGGAAUUGCUGCUGGAAUUCCUUUUGCAGAUGCAGGAGAUAAAACAGGAAACGGCCAAUAAGCUGCAUGAUACCAUCUGCUUUUUAUCCUCCGACAUAGAUGAAAUUCGGAAGCAGCAACCGAUCCUCAAUAAAAAGGGAAGCUCUUUUUCUCAGUCAAAGAAGGAUAAAAACACAGUGAUAGAUAAUGUAGGUAUAGAGGAUUCAACCAUUUUGUGUUCCCAAAAGCGUCUCACAACGGCCCCUUGGAUUCAUACGGAAGAGGAAUUCAAUCCAGGCGGUCAGUGGUCUGAAUUCCAAUCAGAUUCUCCCGAAAGUAUACAGUCCAAAAGUUCUCGUGUGAUGAAGAACUUAAAGAAACUCGAGUCGACUUAUCUUUCAACAAGAUGCCAACCAAUCACACCAGCAUUGAAACCUAUGCAUAGAAAUUCAGAAGAUAGUAGUAUUGGUAAAGGGUCAGUUGUGCAAACCGAAGGAAGUUCGGUUGACAACUUCGCCUCUAAGGCGGGCCAUGUUGAAGGAAGAAAAGGUGCAUGGAUAGAUUCUUUCCUAGAUGGUUUGUGCAAGUAUCUAUCUUUCAGCAAGUUGAAAGUCCGGGCUGAUCUAAAUCAAGGGGAUCUGUUGAAGUCAUCAAACUUAGUACGCUCUUUGAGUUUUGAUCGAGACAAGGAAUUUUUCGCAGCAGCUGGUCUAAAUAGGAAAAUUAAAGUUUUUGAUUGCGAUGCGAUUUUAAAUGAGGAUCAGGAUAUUCACUAUCCGGUAGCUGAGAUGGGUGGUAGAUCAACAAUUAGCAGUGUUUGUUGGAAUGGUUAUAUCAAAAGUCAGAUUGCUUCAAGUAACUUCGAUGGAGUUGUUCAGAUCUGGGAUGUCACAAGUCACCAGGUUUUCGUGGAAAUGAGAGAGCAUGAGCGACGUGUAUGGUCCGUCGACUUCUCACAUGGAGAUCCUACAAAUUUGGCUAGCGGAAGCGACGACGGUGUUGUUAAGCUAUGGAAUAUCAAUCAGAGGGGAAGCAUUGCUACCAUCAAAAUCAAGGCCAACGUGUGCUCUGUUCAAUUCCCUCCUGGUUCAGCCCGCUAUCUCGCGAUUGGUUCGGCGGACCAUAAGUUCUACUAUUAUGAUCUUCGUAACACAAGAAUACCUUGGUGCACAUUCAUUGGCCACACUAAGACAGUGAGCAAUGUCAGAUUCGUUGAUUCCACGAAUCUCGUGUCUGCAUCUACGGACAAUUCAUUGAAGCUUUGGGAUUUAACGAUGAGUGCUUCGAGGGUUGUUGAUAAUCCUAUCCGGACGUUCACUGGGCACACGAAUGUAAAGAAUUUUGUGGGGCUAUCCAUAUCAGAUGGUUACAUUGCAACAGGGUCGGAAACAAAUGAGGUCAUUGUCUAUCAUAAGGCUUUCCCAAUGCCAGCAUUGUCCUACAAGUUCGAUGGCUCAGAUCGGUUAACCGGCCACGAAGUGGACGGUGUGGCCCAGUUCAUCUCCUGCGUCUGCUGGCGUGGUCAGUCGUCCAUCUUAGUUGCAGCCAACUCCACUGGAAACAUUAAACUUCUUGAAAUGGUUUGAGCUCAUUCCCCCAUGAGAUUUUUCUCCUUUGCUGAUGUGGGCAUUGUGGCCGGAGAAUAUUUUCUUGAAGCAGCUUCUGCCUGGCUACCGGAAUCCGGCGGUCUAUGCAAGGAUUGGAUGUUGGAGGAUGCACCGAAAAAAGAAGAAGAUUGAAGUGCACGAUGUUGUCCUGGUCACAAAUGUACAUGAAAAACAUGGUGAUGUAAUCACUAUGAAUAUACAGUGUUCAUGCGGUGUGGGGCCCACCGUGAUAUGUGUUCACCCCCAAUCCAAAAAUCUAGGCUGGUCCAUAAAUCAGGUGGGCCACACUAAAGGGACAUUGGGGAGAGGGACGCCUACGAUAAGAAACUUUUAGAUAGAAUGUGGGACAGACAUUUUUCUGGUCUGUCCCACCCGAGUUUUGGAUUUGGGAUGGCUCUUGGGACGUGAGGUGAAGAUGAGGAGACUCACCGGAUUCACGGUUUAGAUUCCAGACACAUCACGGGUAGGCCCCACACAGCGUGAACAGCGGAUGAGAUCAUUCCCCAGAAAAUUUACCGUGCUUUCUAAAUGUUUGAAUAUAUGUUUAGUUCGAAAUGUUGAUGUGGCACUGGUAUCAACACCACUUAUGGUGGUACUGGGCUGCUGUGGGUGGGACCCAUGUUAACUAUCGGUUUGAUAUA